GAAGAAACGAAGAAGGGGAAUGUCUACGUGACGUCAAUCUUGACAUAAGAAAACAGGAACAGACUGGAUAGGAAGGCAACAAUAUACGCAGUGGAGGGGGAUAAACAACUUUGCAAGUGUUCCCAGUUUACGGGAAACUAAUUUUAACCCUGAAUCGAAUUGUAGGGUGAGACAAAUAUGAGCAGCUUUAGUCACCCUGUCCAACACAGGACAACAUCAUUCACGAGGGUAACACACCAUGGCACAUCUAAGCAGGACUUGGAACGUGAUUCGGGCUUCUCAGAUGCCAGCUCCGAGUACCUGAGUGCAAUUGAUGGGACCGACUCUGAGGAUGCAGGCAGAAAAAGGUCUGCGGUCGGCCAGGACCCCGCUGGCGUGCAGCUGGCAGUGAUGGGAGGCUCGUAUGCUGGACUUUCGCCGAUGCUCAUUAUGAAUAACUUUGUCCUUAAUCAGCCUUCAAAGGUGACUCCAGCAGAGAAACAGUGGGGCUUUCCUUCAUCUCUUGAUGUCAUACCACAAUCUCAGAUGGUUCUUCUCCAACCAAUGAUGUCGGCAAGUGCAACUCCUGAAAGUAUUCCGCAGUCACACACUUACGCAUCCUCCCUCAAAUCAUAUACCAGAAUUGCCCCAAACCCAGUGGAGAAACCGUCAAAGAGGUCCGGAUCCUCCAGAAUGAGGGGAAGUUCCUCCUCAGCGUACGACCAGCGACACAGGCGACAUCAGCAAGGCAGCAGGCAGCACCGCACCCCCAUCCCUGAGUGGGCCCCACAGGCUCCCAGCAAAGCAAGUUUGUCCAAGUUUGAUCCAUCAAACAACCACUCGGCUCUGUUGGCUCAGAGCUCAGAGACACUUAAUCAGAAGUGUCUCCCCACGGUGACCGGGACCACCUCUGUGUUCCCGUGCACAUAUCAGUCUCAGACAGAGUUGGACGACACCCAGCUGUGUCCUGAUAUUUAUUCGGACGGCCUCUUGGCCGAGAGCAACAAGUUGAAGCGUUUCAGCAACACCUACAACAUCCUCAGCAACUGCGGCCUGCUGGGCAUUACCAUGCGCACCAAGCAGCUGAUCAAGGACAACAAGCGCACCCAGAGUCAGUUGCUGCAGCUUCAGGAGCACACGGCACUCCUGCUGGAGGCUCUGGGAAGCGGAGACCCUCAGCUGUGGACUAAACUGCAGCUCUCCCUGCAAAACUAUAACAUGUAAUGGUGCCUGGAGAAGCCUCGUGAGCAGAGACCUACUUUACUUAGCACUGUGGUGGUGACUUAACUAGCAAUUGUGAGGAGCCAGCAUGUCAUGUCCUAAUUCAAAUAUUCAUCGAUACUCGAUUGUAUCAUCAUGAAGACCGCAUAACACACAUGAACUGCUUUUGUGUUCUCGUCUGGGAGGCGUAGGUUGCGGACAUUAUGCUGGCUGUUUCAGAAAAGUUCCAGGUGUCACCAAAAAUAUAUUUUAAACCGCAUCUAUGUAAUUUCCCCUUUUCAGCAAAUGAUUGUAUCUAUGUAUGUACAUAUCCUUUGUGUCAGUAGUGAGUGGGCUCACUAGUGAUGGGUCAUGGAUCUUUCAGUACAACCCUGAGACAAAACGCCGGAGCCUUGAGCGGAGAACCCGACAUGACCAAGGCCAGAGAAUCUAAGACAAAAAUCCAAGACAUUGAUGUCAUUCUUCGAUUAGAAGCGUAGUCCAAUGCUGGUUGUUGCCACAGGGGCAACGAUCAAGCAGGACGUGUGCAAAGAUAUCCUGCCGCGUUUACGUUGUUCAGUGAGCGGGAAGAUGGGGCCGCUGUGGCAGGACCACUGCUUCACCAUGAAAACAGGGCUGCUCACAAAACCCUGUGCAUCUGAGAGUUUCUGGUUGAGAAGAAUAUCACCUUGCUGGAGCAACUUCCCGACUAACAUGACCUAGGUACCCCUCCCAUUCCUAAGAUCAAGAAGAUGAAAAGGGGAGGACUUUUGUGAAGAUGUUUAACCUCAAGACGGCUCUGACAGCUGCAGAGGAUCCAGGAAGAGUCUUACCUUGAAGGUGAUUGAGAAGGUUGGGAAGACCACUGGGGGGAUAUUACCUCAAAGGGGAAAUCAUAUAGCUUGUACUUGAAAUAUAUCAUUUGAGACAUCAGGCACUCCUCAUGAAUUCAGAACGGCAAGUCUACUCUAAAUUUCUAAAUAUAAAACUGAAGUGUAUCCGCUAUCACCCAGCAGCAGGACCGAACCCGCCUAUAAUGAGUUUAUUUGUGCGAAGCCCAACCUAAAUGUAGGACUGUCGUAGCUUUCUGGAGUAUGUCUACGGUGACUUGUGUACAUACAAACGUGCUCCAGCACAUAUAUUAAAAGUUUCUCUUCUAACAACUAUUUAGAUUUUCAUGCCAAAAAUAAUGCAUGAUUUAUUAUAUGGACCUCUUGGUUAACUCAUCUGCCUCAUGAUGCUGAGCUUCUGGGUUUGAAUCUUAGCGCCAGCCUUGCUGUAUAGAGUUUGCAUGUUCUCUCCGUGCCUGCGUGGGCCUCCUGCCACAUUCCAAAAAUAUGCGUAUUGGUUUAAUUAAUGUCCAUACAUAUGAAUGUCACCGUAAAUGGUUAGUUGUCCAUAUGUCCCCUUCAAUUGGCUGGUGACCAAUCCAGGGUGCACCCAAUAUCUCACCUAAGAUAAGAUAAGUGGCUUGGAAAAUGGAAAAUAGUCUUUACAGAAUACCCAUACAAGCACAGUCUGUCAGCUUGUAAAGUGUUGUGACAGGACUUUUUAGGGACUAAUAUUAUUCAAUCAACACACUUCACUCCCAUUUUUGUUUGCGUUCUACAUUUUUGUUUGCACUCAGAUUAUAUAUAUUUUUUGUUUUGGUUAAAUGCAGUGUUCGAUCGCCAUUCAAUUUCGGUCACCGGAGUCAAUUUGAACACUACAACUUUUUGUAUCAGUUUCUACUUAGCACAUUGUUCUUGAGAAUUAUUUGAUAUUCCUGCUCUAAAUAAGGUUGGAAAUAAAAGGAUUACUUGUAAGGAUGUAUGCAGUAUAGUAGCAUCAUCUUGGAUGCAUUGUCACUUCAUGGUAAACAUCAUGCAAAUAUUAAUUUCUACAGACACGCUCAAGCUUUCCUUCCAACUUCAGUAGUAUUUGUGAAGAAAAAGAUAAUUAUCCUACCUUUUUAAGUGUGUACAGAUGAAGGUUGAAUAGCCAAAUAUUGUAUACUCAAAUAAGGGUACCCUUACUUUAGAAUAUGACUCAAGGAAAAGUAAAAAUUAGUCAAAUAUUAAGAAAGUAGUCAAUGAAAAAAUUACUCAAGUAAAGAGGAACUUGGGAGUAACUUCAGUCUGUCUGUUUUUUAUCAGUGUCAACAUCAAAGAAAAAAUGUAUGGGAGUCUACAUAGACCUGCCACCAUUUCGAUUUUGAAUUGCCCAAAAACCAACGAAACAUGCAUUGGGCCCAAAACAUGAUUUGCUUUAUUCACUGAAAAAUACCUUUUUGCUGAACUUUUUUACAUGUGUGCUAAUUUUGCCACAACAGCAAUAGAAACAUAGUUUUGUUUUUUUUUCAAGUUAGAUGCUUCUGUUGUUUUUGUUUUUUUUUUUUAAAUCUGUGACAUAAACGUGCUUCAGCAAAAUUUGUUAUUUUGAUUGGCUCGUGAAGGCUCCGUGCCUGGUCAUGCGACUGUCUUGUGUCGUAUGAUUGGUGUAUUGGAGUCAAAUGACAUUAUUGAUCCCGUUUGAUUGGUGCAACGGGCACCCUAUGUGGAAGUCAGUGAUGGAGUCUAAAAAUAGAUCUGCACUGGCAAAAAUGAAUAAAUAAAUAAAUGUAAUUAAUAGUAUGUUGGUAAUGUAGCGUAGUAAAAGUAUCAUUCCUUCAUCACAAGUCAAAUUAAAACGUACAGUACAUUUGAAGUACUCUUGACAAUUACUGUUUGUCGAAAAUGUGAGUUGAGUAAAUGUGACAGUUUAAAUGGAGCGCGUUAACCCACCACUGUUUAUUUGUGAUGAGAUUUAAUUUUUGACAACCAUAAAAGCUGUUAUUUAAUCUUUCCCAGUACAUCAACUGUUUGCCAUAGAAAUGUGGUAUAGAUGUUUAUUUUUUUGAAGGUGUACUGUAAAGCUAUCUAGCCCUAAAAUGUUUUUUGCUUCGUUACUGGUACUGCCGUACUUGUUUCUGCUGCUGUUUUUAUUUGUACCAAGGUCAUAAUUAUAAUACAGCUGAUAUUAGUAACAUAUCAGACUCUUGCACUUUAGUUACCAGAAUAUCGCUCUGCUUGAUUUUUUUUUUUUUUUUUUUUUGUAAAAAUUAAUGGUUUACGGUGCCUUUUGGAUACGUCUGUGCUUGUGUUAGAGCUUGAACUGUUUGGACCGACGUUUAUUUUUACACCAAACAAACAAUCAUGACAAGGAAGCCUUACAGUAGAUGGAUGAGUUUUAAUGGCAUGUUGAAAUACGGCACAGUUUUAUUUUUGCAAAACAUAUACUCAGCAGUAACAAGACGGGAGACAUAAACAAAUCUGCCCUGUUUUUAACAAUUUGUAACUUCUCGUGAAACGUGCCUGUAGUUGCAAAAGUCACCUUGACGAAUAGUCAUAAAAGUUUGUUUGAAAAAUCA